GAGAGUCAGACAGGCGUCGUCACUGAGAGGUGAAAUGGCACAGAAAGGAGUUGAGCUGGACCGAGAAACCUUCUCUUGUUCCAUCUGUCUGGAUCUACUGAAGGAUCCGGUGACUAUUCCCUGUGGACACAGCUACUGCAUGAACUGUAUUAAAACCCACUGGGAUGGAGAGGAUGGGAAGAAAAUCUACAGCUGCCCUCAGUGUAGGCAGAGCUUCACACCGAGGCCUGUCCUGGUGAAAAACACCAUGUUAGCAGUUUUAGUGGAGGAACUGAAGAAGACUGGACUCCAAACUGCUCCUGCUGAUCACUGCUAUGCUGGAGCUGAAGAUGUGGCCUGUGAUGUCUGCACUGGGAGAAAACUGAAAGCCCUCAAGUCCUGUUUGGUGUGUGUGGCCUCAUUCUGUGAGAAACACCUUCAAUUUCAUUAUGACUCAGCUCCGUUCAGGAAACACAAGCUGGUGGAGCCCUCCAAGAAGCUGCAGGAGAACAUCUGCUCUCGUCAUGAUGAGGUGACGAAGAUUUUCUGCCGCACUGAUCAGCAGUGUAUCUGUUAUCUCUGCUCGAUGGAUGAACAUAAAGGCCACAACACAGUGUCAGCUGCAGCAGAAAGGACUGAGAGGCAGAGAGAGCUGGAGGUGAGUCGACAAAACAUCCAGCAGAGAAUCCAGGACAGAGAGAAAGAUGUGAAGCUGCUCCAACAGGAGGUGGAGGCUAUCAGUCGCUCUGCUGAUAAAGCAGUGGAGGACAGUGAGAAGAUCUUCACUGAGCUGAUCCGUCUCAUGAAGGAAAGAUGCUCUGAUGUGGAGCAGCAGGUCAGAUGGCAGCAGGAAACUGAAGUGAGUCGAGUCAAAGAGCUCCAGGAGAAGCUGGAGCAGGAGAUCACUGAGCUGAAGAGGAGAGACGCUGUGCUGGAGCAGCUCUCACAAACAGAGGAUCACAACCAGUUUCUACACAACUACCCCUCACUGUCAGCACUCAGUGAAUCCACACACUUAUCCAGAAUCAACAUCCAUCCUCUGAGCUACUUUGAGGACAUGACAGCAGCUGUGUCAGAAGUCAGAGAUAAACUACAGGACGUUCUGAGGGAGACAUGGACAAACGUCUCACUGACAGUGACUGACGUAAAUGUUUUACUGUCAGACCCAGAGCCCAAGACCAGAGCUGAGUUCUUAAAAUAUUCACGUGAAAUCACACUGGAUCCAAACACAGCAAACACACAUCUGUUAUUAUCUGAAGGGAACAGAAGAGCAACCGUAAUGACUGAAGAACAAUCUUAUCCCAGUCACCCAGAUGGAUUCAUUAAAUAUUGGCAGGUCCUGAGUAGAGAGAGUCUGACUGGACGUUGUUACUGGGAGGUGGAGUGGAGCGGGGAAGGAGUUUAUGUGGCAAUCGCAUACAAGAACAUCAGCAGAGUGGGGGGCCGAAAUGAAUGUGGAUUUGGACUAAAUGACAAAUCUUGGGCGUUAGAUUGUGACUCAAACAGUUAUAUCCUUCGGUACAAUGAUGUUGAAACUCCCGUCUCAGGUCCUCAGUCCUCCAGAAUAGGAAUGUACCUGGAUCACAGUGCAGGUAUUCUGUCCUUCUACAGCGUCUCUGAAACCAUGACUCUCCUCCACAGAGUCCAGACCACAUUCACUCAGCCUCUCUAUGCUGGACUCUGGCUUUAUGAUUAUGGAGACACAGCUGAGUUGUGCAAACCCAAAUAGACAGAAGUCUAUUAUGGGCGGUACUUGACGUCUUCUCCUGAGUUGUUGUGUAAAUAUUUCUUGCGGUGGUGCUCCUUCCUGUGUGUGUUUAGCCGUGGAGGCUGUCACUGCUCAUCAUGAUGUGUUGUAAACUUCUUUGUGCUCUGAAUGUUUAAUGAACAUUUCAGUGGAUGUAUUUGUACGUUGUUGUUUCUCUCCCACUGCAUGAGUCUGAAGAGAGAAAUCAGCAGACCUCCUUUAUCUCAGAUAUUGUGCUUGUAAAUUUGUACAGAAAUGUAUAAUUAGCUUUUAAUGUGUUGGUGUGGCAGAUUAGUUAGCUACUAGAAACUGUAAUGAUCCUGAUCAUAAUCAAUAAGGAGAUCAUUCAUUAAUGUCUUUUACACAAACUGAAGGUUUACAUGAUGAUAAACAAACAUGAACAAAGUAUUUUCUUCUUGUCUUCAU